UGUUGCUUUUUGGUUUGAUUUGAUAUUUAAUGUCGUGGGAAUAUCAAGAUGUCUUCUAAGUCAGCUCUACCACGCAAACAACUAUUCAAGGAGGAAUAUUGCAAACGUUGGAAGUGUAUCAUUAGGUCAAGGAGGGUCAGAAAAGACUGAAGGAAUUGUCCAGUCAAUGACGGUCCAGACUCUCAAGCAUGAUGAUCUCAUGUUUCUCACACCAGCCGCAUCACAUCACCUUGCAGAAGCACUGUGUUUGAUGCCAUACCUGAAUGACCUGAAACUUGGAAAGAUUAUCGAUGAGGAGUUCUACUCUACAUUGAAAGCAAAGGCACCAUCUAUACAGGUCCAGACUCUCAAGAUUGAUGAACUCCUGUGUGGUCCCUCACCAGCCGCAUCACAUCACCUUGCAGAAGCACUGUGUUCUAUGCCAAACCUGACUGACCUGACACUUGGAAAAAUUCUCCAUUAUAGGUUCUACUCUACAUUGAAUGCAAAGGCAUCAUCCAUACUGCUCCAGACUCUCAAGCUUCAUGGUGACAAGAGUCCCACACCAGCCGCAGCAAUUCACCUAGCCGAAGCAAUCUGUUCUAUGCCAAACUUGACUGACCUGACACUUCGAAGGAAUCUCAAUGAGGAGUUCUACUAUACAUUGAAAGCAAAGGCAUCAUCCAUACAGGUCCAGAAUCUCAAGCUUGAUGAUGCCCAGGAACUCAAACCAGUCUCAUCACAUCACUUUGCAGAAGCGCUGUGUACUAUGCCAAACUUGACUGACCUGACACUUAAAGGGUAUCUCAAGGAUGAGUUCUACUCUGCAUUGAAAGCAAAGGCAUCAUCCAUACAGGUCCAGACUCUCAAGCUUGAUGAUCUUGUGUGUUUCACACCAGCCUCGUCACAUCACCUUGCAGAAGCACUGUGUUCUAUGCCAUACCUGACUGAGUUGACACUUGGAGGGGUUCACAAAGAGGAGUUCUGCUCUACAUUGAAAGCAAAGGCAUCAUCCAUUCAGGUCCAGACUCUCAAGCUUCAUUAUAACCAGUGUCCCACACCAGCCUCAUCGAUUCACCUAGCCGAAGCGCUGUGUUGUAUGCCAAACCUGACUGACCUGACACUUGGAAAGUUUAUCUUCGAGGAGUUCUACUCUACAUUGAAAGCAAAGGCAUCAUCCAUACUUUGUUGUGGCGUGGCGUUGAAUUUUGAUGACAUACACACCGAAUCCGAGAAGCCAUCAAAAUUCACCGCCACAACACCCUGCCCCAAGACUCGGGAUUAUACAUCAACGUCAUCUGGAAACCCCUCAUCAACAAGUACCCGGUCACUCCUCCUCUACCACUGCCAUCACCACCACCUUCACCUCCCCCGCAGACACCCGUACAUCAACCACCGCUACCCGCCGAACCCACAAAGAAGCCGCCAGCCUCACAGCUACAAUGCACAGCAGACGAUAGCAGACUACAACGCCACCUAUGUUGGGGACACACAGCGUCUCGCCGUCAGCACACCCCACUCAUGGAUUCGAAGCUCCCCCAAGUCCGCAACUCGGAGACUCCAGCCCAGACGGACAAGCAGACCACCCAAGUCCACACCCCGGUGA